UUCUUUGCUAUUUAAUAAUUAUUCUCUUUCCAUAUUCCAUUCUUGAAAAUAAAAACAAAACCCCACCAAAUUUCUUGACAAAGGAAAGAGAAAGACAGCGUUCACGUCAGAGACAAAAAAAUCGUCGGGUACAGGAGAGGCGUUGGUUGAAAGAUCAUAUGUGUCCGCAGGAUGUCUUACGGAAACAGAAGGAGGAGGCGAAAAUAUUGGGCAAAGUUAGAGAGAACAUAAGGUUAGAGAAAAUGAAAUUGGAAAAAAUGAAACUGGAAAAAGAGAAACUAUUAAGAUACAGAAUGGAAAAAGAACUUCUUGAAAUAGAACGGUGUGAUGUAGAGAUGCAUUCAGCUGAGAUGUUGCGGUUGGAGAGAAUGAAACUGGAGAAAAUGAAGCUGGAGAAAGAGAAACUAUUAAGAUACAGGAUGGAAAAAGAACUUCUUGAAAUGGAAAGGCGUGACGUAGAGAUGCGGUUAAAUGAAAUGAGACAUCCUGCAAAAAAACCUCAUGAUCGGAACCGUCUUCGUGAUGAACUCUGGGAUGAACCUAAACGAUCCAGGAUGAUCAGUUCUGGCCACCCCUCUAGAUUUGAACUUCCAUUCCAGAAUGAAUCACGCUAUAAUGAAUAUGAGAAUACUGAUUAUGGUAGAAGGGACAGUAGAUCUUUCGAAGGUGGAAGUCGCUAUGAUGAACGUAAAGAAAGAGAAAUGAUGAGAAGGGAAAUGGGUCCUUUCCGAGAUAUUCGAGUCAGAGAUGAAAGACGAGCUGAAGAUCGUUCUCGAACAGAUGAAAAACUCAACAGGAUGCCCUUUGAAUUAAGAAGAGAUAUGGGACCAAGUGGAGAGCCUGAUAAAAGAUAUGUUGGUUCUGAUCGAGGACGUGAUAAUGACCGACGAAAUAUGUCAUCUCACGAUAGAUUGGGCAGGGUGAGAAAUUCUGUUGGUGGUGGACCUGACCAGAGAUCUCCUUGGGAUUCUGGCAGUGUUGAUAGGAAAGUGGACAACUGGUCCCACAUGCAUGGAGACAUGGACCAAUCCAAUGAACCGUGGCUUAGUAACCCCAUGCACAAAACGGGGCGUGAUGCCAGUGGGGCAUUUGUUGACAAUAACAGACCCGGUAACAGUGGGGGGAUGGGGCAGAACUUGGGACCUGGUAACACGUUUGGCAACUCUCAGUCACAUAGUGGGAUCAUGAUGGUUACACGUGGUGGUGGUGGUAGUGGUAGUAAUACGAGUGGACGUAUGCAAGAACCUCGUUUUGAUGCUUACAGUAUUAUGGGAUCUAUGUGAAAUCCAAACUGAGGACUGAAGUGUGAGAGUCAUGGUGAGGUGUUUGAUUUUGGAGGUGCAGAAAGUCUCUGAGACAGAUAACAAAACCCUGCCCUCCAGCCAAUAUAUCAGCCACAUCCUGCAUUCCAUUUGUCACGUAGUGCUUGGUUCUUGGACAUCCAAUCAUAUUUUUGUCCUUCCAUAUUUUAACACACACACACACACACACACGUUGCCUUCUCCCUAACUCCACUCUACUCUUUCUUACAUUACUGUCUUAAUAUAUUUAUUUCCUUCAUAUUUGUUGCUAUAUUUUAUACUGUUAUUCCUGACACACACAUUUCCUACAGUUGUUAUACAUUAAUGAAAGAGGAGGGGUAGGAGCCCAGAUACAUUGUAUUUACGAAAGUGGAGGAGAGGGGAAGAAGAUCAACCACAGAAUGUAAUAAAGAAGUGAAAAGAGACCACAUAGAAUGUAAUAUAUGGAGAAAUAAAUUUUAUUCACUAUAAAACAA